AUGACUUACCCUGCCUGCCCCGAGGCAGCCACAUCGUCGGUACCCAAGUUGACCAUGUACUCGACGUUGGCCGGUGCCCUCGGUGAAGAGUGGGAAGCGCAGAGGACGCAGCACGCAUCCCAGUCCAUCGACAUGUACGACACCCUUAUAUUGACGACUUCCUCCACAUAUGCCGAGGCCCUCGCACCAUCAGUGUCUCACCCUCAGAUGUCAACGUACGACGUCCGGAUAACUGCAACCUGUCAAGAGGCAUCAGAAUCCGUCGAGGCAUAUGCUACCCCUGCACCGACGACGUACGUAAGCUACAGCAACGACAAUCCCUACGAGAGCCCCGACAGAUAUAUGUUUGGCGAAGGGGCAACGGGCGAGGACGACGGGAUCAUGUCAGCAUACUCGGGGAACGGAGAGGCACGGAAUGAAUACACCACGCACCCCGAGGCAUCCGGCACGUCUAUUUUCGCCGGGCCUUCAACUGGUGCCACAUCCAACCAUGACUUCGAGGGCGGAGACUGGGACGCCCUCGCCUGCCACCAAGGAUGGCCGACACUGCAGGGUGCAAAGAUAUCUGAGGACUCUACAUUGGCCGAUGCAUUAGUAGAACGGGCUGUGGGCAAGACGGAUGAGCAACAACAACCUCUAUAUAUAUACGUGGAGCGCUGGCCUACCGCUCUCGCCUCCAGUGGUGUUACGGCUGCACCCUACUCAACAUUGACCGGUGCGCUGGGUGAGAGGGAAGAAGCGAAGAUAUCUGAGGAGCCAUGCCCAUCCACUGCUAUAUCUACCACCCCCACAUUGCCGACUUCCCCUGCGUCCGGUGACCGCACCACCUCACUCCUAUCGACACAUCAAACAUCGAUGUACGACCUGCCAAUAUCAUCCACCUGUCAUGGAGCCUUGGAAGCGGUCCAGGUGUAUGCCAUCCCCGAGUCGACGUACGCCAGCUACUGCGACCUGGCUGGGUUACCAUUAUCGUCAACAGCUCAGCCAACGGGAUAUGGUCAGCCACAGGACGGGAUCCACACCGGGGCACUAGCAUCAAUUGAGGCGUAUGACACUCCCAUAUUAAUGGUGACGCCUAGCGAAGACGGCGGGAGUAUAUCGCCAAUGUUCUCUGCUUCACAGAUCACGCCUAUGGAAGGGUGGGGAGAGGUACAAACCGGAGAGUCGCUAGCUUAUCCAUACGUGGAGAUUGAUAAUCAGUUCCUGGCAAACCUGGGAAGCUUCGUACGCAGAAAAGAGACAGCCGACGCGGAUCCUUACCAUAUCGAUUUGCGGGAUAAGCAAGACCUCAACGACGUCGUGUUCACAGAUACGGGCCUCGGAGGCACGUGGAAUAAUGGAGUGGAUCAGCUCUACGUACCGGAGGCAGAACAAGCCCAGGAGGAUUCGUCAUAUAUCCCUACCAGAAAAUGGCCAGCUCAUCUCACUAACUCGCUUCAACAGCCUUUACACGAGGCGGAGGAGUAUGCGGCGGUGACCAAUCAAAGGCCAGUAUGGCCGGCACAGGGGAUAGGGUCUUUUGGCGAUACCCAUGAACCCUAUAGCCAAUUUCCGGAGUUCCAGGCAUCGACACCUGGAAUGAGUCAAUCGACGGCUCCCGGGAACCAGAUUAAUCAACUCACCGAACAUUCGGAACAGCCAGCGGGGAGCACCUCAGCUCUCCCGCAGUCAGUUGCUGCACCAUCGUCAUGGGGUAAAUCCACUUCCCGUGGCCGACAGUGCAUCUUUCGCUUUUAUCGUCCGCCGCAGUCGACGGCAGAGAGGCCAGAGUCGCUUGUGCCGGUCCGAGCCCCAACACCGAAACAACGGAAACGACCGCGAAAGAUUGAAGGAAUCAUCUCGAUUGGUGUCAGAGACAAGUCCAUUCGACACCGUUGUGUAUUUAAAGGCGUGUCCGUCGAUGUGCUCGAUGGAGACAGCAUGGAGGGGUGGGGACGUCGAAACGACAUAAUGUUGCAGAGAUACGAAGGCGAAUACCAGCCUUGUGUCCUCGAAUUCAAAUACCGACAACACGGACAGGCCAUACGCGUCAAUCUAAAUGAAACCAACGAUACGAUCAGAGUCCGGGACUUGGCGCGGAUGAUUGCUCGACAUUUUGGGCGUUGGUGUAGGGAAAGCGAUGCCCAGAGGCGAGCUGUAUGCCAGCAACUAGGGCAUCCAUCCGACCAGUCUGGAGUGUGCGAGUGCGGCCGUGAACCGACGCCGAUGGAGAACAUUAUCUUGACGAGCAUAGAGCAAAGGGGGAACCACUUUACGGGAGUAUUCGUGGACCGGUGA